AUGGAGAAUAUAGGUAAUGAUGACCAGAGCCAUCAGCCACUGCUAUCCCCAGAAGACCAAAUGCGGCCGCGGAACACGGUUGUUUUUACGACGGAUUCCGAUGACAUUGCUCCAAUCACAGGCCCCAUAGAUUUCUUGAGACAGUUCUCCAUUGAGGCAAAGAAGCUGUGGUACCUGGCGGGCCCAGCCAUCUUCACCUCCCUUUGCCAAUACUCCCUUGGUGCUAUCACUCAGCUCUUUGCCGGCCACGUCAGCACCAUCGCCCUUGCCGCUGUUUCCAUCGAGAACUCUGUCAUCGCCGGCUUUUGCUUUGGCAUCAUGAUUGGUAUGGGAAGCGCGUUGGAAACGCUGUGUGGACAAGCUUAUGGAGCAGGGAAACCAGAGAUGUUAGGUGUGUACAUGCAAAGAUCAUGGAUAAUUCUGAACACCACCGCGCUUCUUCUAUCCCUUCUAUACGUAUUCGCACGGCAGAUCCUAAAGGCAAUAGGAGAAACCACCGCCAUCGCCGAGGCGGCCGGGGUUUUUGCGUUGUAUAUGAUCCCGCAGCUGUUUGCCUAUUCCAUGAACUUCCCCAUCCAGAAAUUCUUGCAAGCUCAGAGCAAGAUGAUGAUCAUGGCAUGGACCGCGGCGGUUGCAUUGGUAGCGCAUGCUGUGCUUAGCUGGGUACUAAUGUUGAAAUUGGGGUGGGGCCUGGUGGGUGCGGCGGCGGUGCUCAACGCGGCGUGGUGGUUCAUGGUGGUAGUUAAGAUUGGUUAUGUAGUGUGUGGGUAUUGUGGUAAGACUUGGAGUGGGUUCUCCUUCCAAGCGUUUCAGAAUCUUUGGGCCUUUCUUCGUCUCUCAUUUACCUCCGCUAUCAUGCUUUGCCUAGAAGUUUGGUAUUUCAUGGCCCUGAUUCUUAUUGCCGGUUAUCUCAAGAAUGCUGAAGUUUCGGUGGAUGCCAUGUCUAUCUGCAUGAACAUACUAGGAUGGAUGAUCAUGCUAACCUUGGGAAUGAAUGCAGCAGUAAGUGUGAGAGUGUCAAAUGAAUUGGGAGCUCGUCACCCAAGAACGGCGAAAUUUGCUAUAGCUGUUGCUGUGAUUACUACACUUAUGGUUUCUUUCGUGCUCUCCAUGGUUCUUGUCAUCUUCAGAAAAGAAUACCCUUCAUUGUUUACAACGGAUGAAGAUGUGAAAGAGCUUGUGAUAGAGCUGACACCCAUGUUGGCAUUGUGCAUUAUAAUCAACAACGUGCAACCAGUUCUUUCAGGUGUGGCUGUUGGGGCAGGCUGGCAAGCUACUGUUGCUUAUGUCAACAUUACUUGUUACUACUUAAUUGGUGUUCCCCUUGGACUUUUCUUAGGUUUCAAACUUGACUUGGGUGUCAUUGGGAUUUGGUCUGGAAUGAUGUCAGGGACCAUCUUACAAUCUUGUGUGCUAUUUUUUAUGGUCUAUAAGACAAAUUGGAAUAAAGAGGCCUCUCUUGCUGAAGAUAGAAUAAAGAAGUGGGGUGGGUCUAAAGAUUCAGAAGAGAACUUGAUUGCAAAUUAA